CGGAGGACGCGUUGCCGCAGCCGCGGAUACCGCAGGAAGUACUAAAGGAAGAAGAAGAAGAAGUACUACCAUGCGUGUAGCAAGUAGGAUGUAAUGGGAUGUUUAAAUGUUUUCUUUUAUCCACUUAAGCUGUGUUUUUAAUUACACGGCUGAUAUUUUGUAUGUUCCCAUUCAUAACGGAAAACCAGUCUCGGGAACUGCGAAUAGUGUACAAACUUUACCUCGACAGCAUGUCCGAAGCGGAUAAAGAUGUAGAUUGGAGUAAAGGUGCGUUUUUGUCCGACUCAUGCCACCUGCUUGUGGAAAAGUCCCCCCCUGACUAUGUGAGGAAAAUAUCUACAUUUCUCGAUGGUUCGGCGGGUCUGUUCAGCCAAAAUCCCAUGUGUGAUGAUGGUCCACCUGGACCAGAAAGUGAUUCAGGAGACAGCCUCUUUCUCACGCAAUUGUCCCAGCCUGUGAGGACCACCAGACGCCGAAGAUCAACAGCGCAUAACUUUCCCUUCGAGCUCGAGGACAGUGAGGGAUCCGCUUCAUCGUUUUAUGUCCGACGGGGAAAGAAAAGAAAGAUCACUGUUCCGAAAUAUAGCUUUCCUUUUCUCACGGAGAGAAGGGGGAAGGCCAAAAGCACUCGGUUAACCACCAAAAAGAAUAACAAACUCCAUAAUUAUGUGAUUGGGGGCUUCUUUAAAUGUCUAGAUGUCUGGCAGACUGCACAUAAUUUCCAAGCAGCAUUACCCACAAUUGACCAAGAUGGAGAGAACAUAUCACCCCUGACAGAGGACGAGGGAGAAGAAAACUCUGGAGACGAGGACUUCAAGGUAGUGGAAAGAAAGUGUUUCCUGGCAAAAUCCAAAGCAAAGAACCUUCACACUUGGUACUCACCACCGCCGUGUAUCAUGAAUGAAAAAGGUGCUGCUUCUCAACAAAGAGAGAAAAAUGUCCAAAUGUCAACUUUGACGAAAGAGAAAACCAAUGUUGGGUCCACUUCUACCAGAAAUAUUAAACUCAUAAGCAAUGAUGUAGUACAGACCCAAACAUCAAAGUGUCCAACACAAAAAACAAAGAGCAUUUUCUUGGCUACCUUGGUUGGACAUGAGCCAGUCAAUCAAGAGAAAAGCCAAGUGGACACUUAUUGUGAUGAACUGUCGUUGGAAGGACAGGAUGCUGUCAAUGAAAUUAAUGAUCAUCUCAACAACACAGACAAUGUAGAUGAGACUGACCAAGAAAAAGGAACGGAUUUUGUCUUCAUACAGGAAAAAAUUGGUUGUGUUGCAACAUCAGCCCAUGACAACCUGCUGCUUAAUGGAUACAAAGAGAUGGAGAACAUAUCACAUAAUGCGAACACAAUAAGGUCAGAGGAUAAUUGCAGGGGGGAAAGUGACAUUGCCCCACUAAAACAAAAGAAAAAGAAGAGAAAGAACAGACAGGAGGAUGAGAAUGCAAACUUGGAGCAUAACCUCAGUGUGAAACUAGAUUGCGUGUUUUCUGUGCCAAGACAGAGCAGCUGCGAGAAGAAGAAAAACAAAAGAGUGGAGGAGAGUGACAAUGUUGAAGAAUUCUCUUCCUGCGCCACCAGAGAUGAGAGUCCAAGGAAAAAGAGGAACAAAAAGAAAUCGCAUGAAAUAUCAACAGAGCCAUUAAAAGAACCAGAGUGUCAUUUACACUUGAUGGCAGCUUCUCAGGAAACUAUAAAAAGAAAAAAGAAAAAAAAAUAUCAUAAAACUCAAGAAGACGAUGACAUAAGUGAGAAACCCAUCAAUGAAGUUGAACCUUUGACUGGGCGUACAAGAAAGAGGAAGAAAGUUUCUUCCUGUGUAUCUGAGGAGGCGUCUAUAUAUAACCCUCAAAAUGUUGCUGACAAAACCCAGAAGACGACUGACGACAAAGAUUCUGAACUCAAGAGGAAAAGAUCUUGUGGAAACAUCCAAGAAAACCAGACCUCUUCCUUCCUCGUUGCUGAUUGUGUAGAGGCAGACUCACAUGAUCGGAAAAAGAAGAAGAAGAAAAAGAAGUCAGCUGACCCCCAGAACACUGUGGAUGUUGGUAGAGCAUCAUGUCAGAGUGAUUCGUCUGAAACUGCCAAAGUGGGCUCAGACAUUAAGGUAACCCCCGAAAAUGCAGUUUGUUUGGAACCCUUGCAACUUGACCAGGCUGAGGUGAAAACAAAGAAAAAGAAAAAGAAGAAGAAGAAGCAUAAAGAUUUACGUCAUGGCGAGCCCAAGGAAAAUCAAACUGAAUCAGAGAGCUCCACCAUCAAGUCAUGUAAGAAAGUCACAACACGGAAUGAAAAGCACGAUACUGAUUCUCUUACCUCUAUGUGGGAACUUGAAGAGCAGAUGUUCAGGGACUUAAAACGUACGAAAAAGAAGCGAAAAAAGCAGCACAUUAUGCAGGAGGCACGAGAAGAACAGCUGACGUCUGAUGAGGCUGAUAAAUGUAACAAAAAUAAGAAUUCUAUGAUAAGAAAAACUGACUCCCUCAUUCAAAGUCCUCAUAAGAAAGUAUCGAGAAAAUCAAAAAAGUCCUCUUUUAAAGAUUCAAUCACACAUGAGAUAGCGCAAAUUUAGUACACAAAGUCCAAUAUUUAACCCAUUGAGUACCCCAAGAACAAUGAUACCUACAUAAUAAUAAUGUAAAUAGAAUAUGAUAUAAAUAGCAUUGGUAAUUUUCAUACAACUUGUAAUCAUUUAUUUAAAUUUUGUUUUUUUAAGACCAUGCCAUUCAAAAAACAGUUGACUGUUAGCUAACUAUUAUUGGAAUCAGAUUGUUUUAUGAUACACUUACAUAUUCAUAUUAGGGCUGUCAAAAUUAACAAGUUAACUUAUAUGAUUAAUCAAAAAACAUUUUUGCUUAAAUUAUUAAACAUACUUAGAUUAAUUAUGCACUUUAUUUUGAUUAUACAAAAUAUUUUACCUUAAUCGCUAUGUUCAUUAUUUAGAUCAAUGCAUACGUCCGUACAAAAAAUGGGGAAGGAGAUGCCGACUGGUGUGCUCGCUGGCAAAUUUCUCUCCAAACUACAACAUGAAGGACCUUUAGAUAAACCACGUUUUGUGCAAAUAAAUUACAUACAUUAAAGUAAAACAUAAAAAAAAAUAUAUAUAU